UUUAAUUGAAUUGAAAUGCUUCCAUAUUUCGGUUUAGUACGAAGAAAACGACUUGCAAUGUUGGAUCUUCUAAUAGCAGCAUCUCGUAAUGGUCUUAUGACUGAUGCAGAUAUCAGGGAGGAAGUCGAUACUUUUAUGUUUGAGGGUCAUGAUACUACAGCGAUGGCUCUAUGUUUCAUUUUAGCACUCUUAGCUGAGCAUAAGGACAUUCAGGUAUCUAUUAUUCCAAUAAAUAAAUUUAACAUUUACUUGACAAAAAUGUAACGUAAAUGUAGCUGC